AUGGACUCGUCAAAGCCCGAGCAAAGACCGUCGGAUCUUGAUCUGGCGGACGAGGUCAGCUCAGUUCCGACGGUCGAGGAAGAAAAGCUCGAGCGGACGCUGAUGAGGAAGAUUGAUCUGCAUAUCCUCCCGUUCGUGGUGCUUCUCUACCUGUUUAGUUUCCUGGACCGUGUGAACAUUGGAAACGCGCGUCUGUAUGGCCUGGAGGACGACCUGGAUCUGGUUGGUAACCAGUAUCAAGUCGCCGUGUCAAUCCUCUUUGUCACAUACUGUCUUUUCGAAGUACCGUCCAACCUGGUCCUAAAGAAAUUAAGGCCCUCUCGCUACAUUGCGGUCAUCUCCGUCUUGUGGGGCAUCAUUGCCACACUGACAGGCAUCUGUCAGAGCUAUGGUGGCCUGCUGGCUUGCCGUGUUCUGUUGGGAGUUGUCGAGGCUGGCCUCUUCCCUGGCCUGAUAACCUACCUGACUCUCUUUUACAGCAAAAGUGAGAUUGCCCUACGGACCGGCUACCUGUUCAGCAGUGCUGCCGUGGCGGGAGCCUGCGGUGGCCUUCUGGCUUACGGCAUCGGCUUCAUGGAUGGCAUUGCUGGACUGCGAGGAUGGCGUUGGAUCAUGAUUCUGGAAGGUAUUCCCACCGUGAUCAUGGGUGUGGCCACCUGGUUCUUCAUGGCGGACGAGCCAGACACGGCAUAUUACUUGAACGAAGAUGAGAAGGCGCUUGUUGUUCGCCGUCGAAGCCGCCACGUGGGGCAAACGGCGUCUGCUCAGAAAUUCCAUUGGGCUGACGUCAAAGAGGGCGCGCUGGACUGGAGGAUCUAUGCCUUUUGCAUCGGUCAGUUCGCCGUGGAUACCAUGUUGUAUGGCUACAGCACGUUCUUGCCGACCAUCAUUAAGGGCAUGGGUCGAUGGUCUACCGCCGAAGUUCAAGCCUUGACGAUCCCUUGCUAUGGACUUGGGGCCAUUGCGUACCUGAUCGUGGCCUGGCUGAGUGAUCGUACUCAGCGUCGAGCGUUUUUCAUCUGCCUCUUCAGUGCCAUCUCGGUCGUUGGGUACGGUAUCCUAAUCAGCGACGCCUCCUCGGGUGUGCACUACUUUGGUGCCUUGAUGGUGGCUCUGGGGCUCUACGUGACCGUUGGACUUCCACUGGCCUGGUUGCCCACCAAUUUGCCGCGGUAUGGGAAGCGGACAUUUGCGACCGGCUUGCAGCUCACCUUUGGCAAUAUCAGUGGUGUGAUGGCACCGUUUUUGUACAAAAACUCCGAGGGGCCGCGAUUCAUCCGUGGUAAUGCUGUCACUCUUGCGUUGGUGGGAUUUGCAGGAAUUCUUUAUGGAAUUUUGUGGUUCUACUUGGAUGCUGUCAACAAGCGCCGCGCCAAGGGGGUCUAUGAUGAGAAGAUUGCCUCUUUGUCUGAAGCGGAGACUCAAGAGCUUGGGGAUCGCAAUCCUCGGUUCCGAUAUAGCACUUGA